ACAUUUUGUUUUCCUUCGCAUUUUCUGUUUUCUUCGUCUUCGUUUUUUUUUCUUUGUUUUCGUAGCUCCUAUUUACAUAUUCUAACAUCAAAGGCAUAUUUAUUUGUAUUACUUCUGCUAUAGUUUAUGGUAAUCAGGGAGAACGUAUAAUGGACUUCUGUCGACUCCAUCGUUAAGAUUACAUAUUCCUGAAUAUGUUCGUCUUUAUUACUUUUUUUCACUUUAAAUAAAUACAAGACAAGCCACCAUCACACUCUUAGAGGUUGACUUUCUGGCAUGUGGAAUCUAAUAUCUGUCCGAAAAUGAACUUUGCGCCCAUUAAACGGCAAAACAGUGCAAUUUUUGUGAUGGCGAAAAGGCGUCGCAUCGUGACAUCUUUAGAUCGAAGAAAUGCAAUUAACUUAUAGAAAUCGACUGUCCAACUAUGAGAAAAUUAGUGAGUGAUUCGGUGACCUUUUUUGCAAAACGUUUUCGAAUUGGAGAAACUUUCAGUAAAUUUCUCCAAAGCUGAAGAAAUUUCGGUUCAGAAAAGAGGAAGAACGUUUUUCCCAUUUAGCGACAUCAAACAUCACAGAUUAUUACUAAAAACCAAUUUUUUGCUUAUACUGGCGACAUAGUCAGAAGUAUAGUUUUAUCUGAGCCGAUCAGAGAGCACAAAUCAAUUCAGAAAAACGUCAGCUGUUGAAAUGCAGAAUUAUGCGUUUUUUUUGUGUAGAUUAUCCAGAUAGAUCUAAAACAGUGGAAACAUAUCAGAAGAAAGGAUGUCGAGUCUAUCUUUAGACCUUACCCUUCCAGCACAAAUAUUUGACACUAGAACCUGUGAUUACGUCUCCUUUAUAUCGACGCAAGAUCCUCACGAAAAAAAAUGUUCCUAUCUUUAAGUGCUAUAGCGUUUUUCUUGAAGAAUUCGCCCACUUUCUGGAAGAAAUCAAAUUGUAUCGACACACUGCAGCUGGAAAAACUGAGUGCGCGCAUACGCUGUACGAAAAUAUCUCACUGGAAACGCUAAGAAAAGGCAGAUAAUUAAUUAGAGUUAUUUGGCGCAAAAUUCACGUUUCUUUUUUGCGCUCGGGUCUGUUUCUCUCGUAAAUUCUAAUUAGAGCUUUUUCUCAAGAACUGAUGCAAGAAACUGCACUUUUUCGUAUUAUUUUUCAUGCAGCCAGACAGUUUUCGAAACCAUACAGCCGGAUAGAGCAUAGCAUUCUAAGGAAAAUAAGACAUCUCCGGGCGGUCUACAGUGCUUUUUCACGUCACUGCAGUCGAUUUACGAAUGGUUACAAAGGGCGCGCAAAUUUUCAAACAAAUCUGGUGAAAACGCAUUGUAGAUCGUCCGGAGAAGUCUUAUUUUUCUCAGAAUCCUAUACUCUAUCCGGCUGUAUGAUUUCGAAAACUGUCUGGCUAAAAACCAAGAGCUUUGUUUUCUAGCGGUCAAGUUUUCCAGAAACCCUAUUAUUAACUUUUCUCAUGAAACGGCAAUACGCACCUCAUGUGAUAGAAAAAUCUUCGGCCUAUUCAAAAGAGUAUUCAAAUUGAUUCCAACCUUUACUAAAAGAUCACAAACAGAGAAGUUCUUUUGAUUAUGACACAUUGCACUGCAUAUAUAACACCCGAACGCUUCUUUUUCAUAUCUUUACUCACUGGCCCGACCUGUCUUGGCAUUCUGACCAGUUCAAUCUGUGGAGAAUUUCAAGGGCUAUCCAAUGGUAUGUCUUUGAACAAUAUAUAAUGUUUCAUUAUGGCAGAAAAAUGGCUAAAGCAGUGUUAAAAGCACUAAGAUAGAUAAAAAUCCCUAUAUCGGCCACGUAUUUCGACUAUUGACCCAUGCGGGGAUACUUUUGAAAGACUUAUUUAUAUUUUAUUUUGAAGCCCGUGAAAUUUUAUUACCCGAAAUUAAUACUCUUUUGUUCUCUAUAUCUUUUAGAUUUCUUUUGACAUUAUUUAACAUUUAUCACGAAGUGCCGAAUUGUGUACAGCGAGAAGAUCAAAUCGAGAGUGGACAUUUAAAUUUGGGUCUAUUCAAACUAGAGAAAGUUCCACAUCAACAACAGAAAAAUGUGACAGAUGGUAACGAUGGAGAGACGGAAGCAAAAGAAGACAGUAACGAUAAUAAAGAUGAUGAAGAGGAAAUACCAAUGACAGACGAUGACGAAGACAAAACACCAAUGAGAGAUGAUGAUGAAGAGAAAAGAGAAAACACCAAUGACAUAUAA